CAGAAUCCUACUAGUACCUGCCUUAAGUCGGUCGGGCAGAGAGCGAGAAAUGGUAAGCAGGUGAGUAAGGUGAGUGAGCGCAGAGAGCGUCUUUCGACGGCUCUUUCGUCGCGAGCGAACGGCAAGUAGACGUCGCUCAGACACUGUCGGCCAGAUUCAUUUUCCAGAAAGACGUCGUCGCGUUGACAAGCCUGAAUUCGUAGCGGGCGCCAGUAGGACGACCCAGUGGCUAUCGUCAGUUGAACCAGGGGAAACGUAGCAGCCCAGUUGCAUUAUACGGGAGGGGUAAAGAGCUUGACAGCGCGUGCGCAGAGUGAAAGUAUGCAAGGAGUUUCGCGAUCAGAACCUCACGGCGCCAUAUUUGUUUUCCAGGCGUUUGCUUGUGUGCGUGUGUUUCAACUCCGGAGUGCGAGUGAGAGGGCAGGGCUUUGCCAGUUGAUAAUGCCAUAACUGUCCCUUGUAAUCGGGCUUCGUUUUCGCAAAUUCGAGCAACAGUAUUAUUGAUUGAUGCAGUUUCACAGCGACUUUGUGUGUGCGUAUGCUGUCACCGCGCUAUGUUCGAGUGUGUGUGCGCUCGUGUUUCUGUGAACCCGAUCGCGAACACUGUUGUGAGCCAGUGGCUCUGACUGCGCGGCGAGAAAUAUCCGCUUACCUAAACGAAAAGUUCUCUGGCGUCGGCCGACGAACGGCACCCAGGCACAGACACAGCUACAGGCCCAGAAAUACCACUGCAUACGACACGAACGUGGCCAGCACACAAAGCAAAACCAGAAAAUCCACAUUUUUUCGACCUGCUCUCCGCCCGUGUCUCUCAUCUCUUUUCGUCGCGCUCUCGACUGGAACGCAAUACCAAGACCACAACCAACAGCUACAGCUUUAGGUGUUUGUAGGUAGAUUACGUAGUUGCAAUGGGCGACUCCACGCCCAUUUGCCGAUGCCGAGUACUUUACUUGGGCAGUGCCGUGCCCCGACAGAGCAAGGAUGGGCUGCAGGGCAUCCAGGAGCCGCUGCGAAGCCUGUAUCCUUCGGAAGGAGCAGUGGGCGCCAAGGGCAUCGACAGCUGGCUGAGCGUCUGGUCCAACGGCAUCCUGCUGGAGAACGUGGACGAAAACCUCAAACAGAUCACGCGCUUCUUCCCGAUCGAGUCGCUACACUACUGCGCCGCCGUUCGCCAAGUGCUCAUCCCAGAGCGCGGAAACGCCCACCCGGAACCAAAGUUCCUCCCUCUGGACUCGCCUUUUGCGCGAAUGCCGCGCGCUCAGCACCCACCCAUUUUCGCUGCUAUUCUGCGACGUACUACCGGCAUCAAGGUGCUGGAGUGCCACGUUUUCAUCUGCAAGCGCGAGGCGGCCGCGAACGCGCUAGUCAGGUGCUGCUUCCACGCCUACGCCGACAACUCUUACGCCCGCCAGUUGGAGACGGGCGGCGGCGGUAGCGUCUACGGCACCUUAAAGAGCGGUGCCGUUAGCAAGUCUAGUUCCGACCUUACCGGCGUCGGCCUGGCUAACGGAGUCGGAAACGGGAGCGGAGGCGGAGGCGGAGGCGGCAACCACCAUCUGUCCCUUUCCGCCCAAGGAGGAUGGAGAUCGCGGACGGGCAGCACUACGACGCUAAAUAGCUUGGGCCGCGCUUCGAACGGCCUCGCCAAUGGAUCAGCGAUAGGCAUGAACGGGGGUAGCUCCGGCAGUGCAGCAGAGGGCUAUACAUCCGUCAAGAACUUCUACGGUAGCAGCGCUGACCUCAACGUGACCGUCGAUGACGGAGACGCGUCCUUUAACGGAGACGAGAAUCAUAAGGUGUGGAACGGGUCGCAGGACCAGUUGGACAGCAUCGGGCCCUUAGAGAGUCCCUAUGAGCUGUUUGCGGGAAACACCUCCACCUUGGGAAGGCCUUUACGGGCGCGUCAAAUCAGCACGCCCAUCGACGUGCCACCGCCACCAGUGAAGGAUGAGCGAAAGACGAAGCGGGACAAAAAGUUAACCAAGUCUAGUGGCAGCCAAAGCCUUUCAGGCACCCUCAUCCGGCCAAAGCCCGUACACCCUGCGCCGCUGCAUCGCUCAGGAUUUCAGGGGCCGUCGGGACCUGGGAGCGUGACCUAUGGGCACGUUUCUGGACAUGGCCUUCACGCCGCCCGUUACCAUACAAUUAGUCAUCGCGGCGUUCCCCCGGGUUCACACAGUCACCUCACCCACCACCCACCGCCCCACCCUUCACAGCAUCAGGUCCAUAUGAUGCACCACCCCCACAUUGGGGGACUACCGCCCAUGCAGAUCCCCGUGAUGAUGCCGCAGCAGUACGCGACUCUUCAGCCGUCGCGCUCAACCGGCAAGAAAAAAAAAAAGGAUAAAAAGAGUGGCGCGGGCGGAGGUGUCCCCGUGGGCAUGCCCAUAGUACCGCCCAUAUACGCCUUUCAGCAACAGGUCGUGGGCGUCCCAGCUCCCCAAUUGGCACAGUCCCUAAUCGGUGAGACGCGACCUCUGGGUCAUUCCAGCCGGAAGCUGGCGGCAUCAAUGGGGAACGGUCUAGACGACUCCGGUAAUUCUGGUGCCGAAUCGCCAUCACCAGGGGGCACUGGCAUCUACAAGCGCAAAGGACACCUAAACGAGCGAGCUUUUAGCUACUCCAUACGUCAAGAGCAUCGCAGCCGAAGCCACGGAUCGCUAGCCAGCUUACAGUUCAAUCCGCCGGAUAUAAAGAAGGAGCGUGAGAUCGCCCAAAUGGUGGCAGGUCUUGACCUCAAUGAAGGGGAGCGCCCUAUGGGUCCAAACACACUACAGCGGAAGCAUGCCAUGACAAUGUCAAAUGGGGGGUUGCAUGGCCCAGGACCCAGUCAGCAUCCUCACGCCCAUCCUCCGCAUCCACAUGCCAUCUACGGCCCAUUAGGGCCUGCCAGCAGCUUCGGAAUGCCGCGAAGAUAGGAGUUGAUUGGGUUGAUCUGGGCCUUAUGAUUUAUACAAAAAGAUUACACAAACUUUGGCGAUUGGAGUCAUGUAAACACCCUUGAUGCACACCAGAUUAAGAGGACAGUGGCUGAAUAUUUUAACGGAGCUCUGGGAGUGUAAUCCCACACGGAAACGAACUCAACAUAAAUGAAUAUUUGUGCCUUAUUAGGUAUACAUAAACCAUACAUAAACCAUUUAGUGUGUAGAAUAUAAUGAUACCCUAUCUGACUAUGUAACGGUCACAACGUUCUUUCGGCUAAGGAAAUGCAUUCCUGGACGAGUAGCAAAUUUAUCCCAAAUCGUAUAAUUACCUGUAUGCUUUCGAAUAUGUACUAUAAAUACCUACAAUAAAAUGUUAAAUGUACGAUCAUGGCUAAUCAAAAGCUAAUUAUUCCUCACUCUCAAAAUAGCUUCUCAUACCUAUUAGCAUGUCAGCUCCGAUCACCAGUCGCUUCAGCUAUCUCCACUCGCCACUUACCCACCCAUGGAAAAUACCUACACCAAUACUUAUCAUUAGCCAAAGCUCAGUUUUUGCAGACGGAGGGCUUAGGCUUAGAGUGAAAUGCAAAUGCAAUCGAUCUAUCUGAUUUGCAUACGAAUAAGCAGAGAGUUCAAACUAACUGUUUAAGGAGUCCGGCUGUCGCAGGUCUUGCCAGUAGUAUUUCGAACGCAAGCCAGCACUUUUUUUAACCGAGCCUAAUUGCGCAAAACACCGAAUCAUAAUGUUUAACAAAACACUUGUACUGGUGGAAUAGGUGUACACAUGAGGUUUAGCUAUGAGGUUUAGUCUUAUAGCAUAGGGCUGGCGAUAAAUAUGUCAAGCGUCAGCGGCUCUGAGAAAAUGCCCAAUGAUCUGACUAAAUGCAAGGCGGAAAAACGCAGGUCAAAACAAGAAGGAAUGGUAUAGUCAUGUUCCCCGACUGUCUGUCCCGUUACUCGGAUAGUGGAAAUUGAAUCAUUUUUCUGGGAUAUCGAUAGAUAUUGGGGAAUAAAAAGGGGAAAAAAUGUUUCAAAUUGUUAAAAAGCUUGGGCGGAGGAGGGGCGUGGCCAAUGUGCUUUUGGUAUACCGAUAGAAAUUGGCAAGACAAACAAUAAAGGAAAGGAGAAGAAUAAGGAAAUUUUUCAAAAGUAUGGGCGUGGCAAAACGUUUUUUUGCAAAUCGAUAGAAAUUUAAAAGAUUAAUAAAAAUCAAUAUAAUCAAAUUAAUAAUUAAUGGUGGCAGUUCUGGGCGAUUUGUUUGCAACAUUUGGAAACCAACUUAAGCUGAGUCUAAGUCUAUAGGAGUUGUAUGCUUAAUCUUCUGGCUUUUGUAGUUCCUGAGAUAUCGGCGUUAAUACGGAUGGACAGAUAGCUAUUUCCAUAAAAUACAAUUUUGAGAUUUGUUUUAUUAUACCCGUUAGUCUAGAGUAAAAGCGUAUACUAAAUUCGUUGAAAAGUGUUUAACAGGUUGAUGGAAGCGUUUCCGACCAUAUAAAAUAUAUAUACUACUGAUCAAUAUCAAUAUCAGAGUCGAUCAGGGCCACACACACUCUAAAAACAACAAGCUCAAAAACUGCCAUGCACACACUUUUGCAAUUUUUUUUACGUUUUUUCAUAUAUAAGAUGUUUGCACAUUUUUGCUUUAAAAAAAAAACUUACAUAGUCAGAUAGGGUAUCAUUAUAUUCUACACAUUAAAUGGUUUAUUUAUCGUAUUUCGUGGAUUCACGAUUACAAGAGAGCGCACACACUUUAUUCUUAAGCCUAAUAAGGCACAAAUAUUCAUUUAUGUUGAGUUGGCUUCGUGUGGGAUUACACUCCCAGAGUUCCGUUAAAAUAUUCAGCCUCUGUCUUCUCAAUCAGAUUCUAGAGACAUAAACGCAGCUAAAGUUUAUUUUCCGCCCAGAACUGAAACGCCCACAAUUUUGAAAAAUCUUUUGACAAUUUUAUUAAUCUUGUAAAUUUCUAUCGAUUUGCCAAAAAACGUUUUGCCACGCCCACUCUAACGCUCAAAUUGUCUUGUCUUGUGUUGCCAAUUUCUAUCGCUAUACAAAAAGUACUUUGGCCACGCCCCUCCGUACACCUGCAAAACGACCCAAAUGGUCACGCCCACACUUUUGAACAAUUUGAAACACAUUUUUCUCAUUUUAUUCCAGAAUAUUUAUUAUUUCCCAGAAAAAUGAUCAAAUUUCGCGUACGCAUUUCCACUAGUUGAGUAAUGGGUAUCUGAUAGUCGGUGAACUCGACUAUAGCAUAAUCUCUGUUAAUAUCUACAAAAACACGAAAAUAAAUAUAUUAUCUACUUGUA